AUGGCUGGACCAUUUCGCUUCCAGGAGGAAGCCAGGUCACCGCUCGAUCGCAGCGCCUCGCCCUUCUCUGCCGGCCAACCUGUGUCCUUCAAGACAAAUGUCAAUCGCUCCAAAACAAAGAAAUGGGUCCAGGCAAAGAAGAAUGCCUACGACGGCGACGACUGGGGCGACUACGACGAGUAUGACGAAUACGGCGUGAACCAGGAACCCCAAAAUGCCCAACCUCCUGCGCAGCGAUACUACGCCCAGCGCACAGAGCAGCCCUCACGAAGCUUCACCGACCCCUCCCUCCAAGCACCGCUACCAAAAGCCCGCAGGAAUUCGUUUGAGCGUGGAGAGGAACAACGCGCAUUCUCAUCGACCAUUCCUCAGCCCCAGCAUGCUCAUGCCCAGCCACAUAGAGAACCCCAGGGGCUGCCAGAUAGUAAUGCCUUUGGCGCAGGCUAUGAUAUGGGUGGGAGGGGUGAUUUCAGCCCCUCUGCAGUGCCUCCGCCAUUGCAGACGCGUAUGUCGCAGGUGCCUGCCGAUUUCACUCCCCCCUCACAAUCCCAAUUCCCUCCGCGCAAAAGCAGUAUAGGCCAGGCAAGUUCACCGAUAGCGACUUCCCCACGACCGCGCACCGGCAGUGCAUCUGAUAAGCCGCUGCCUUUUAUCAGACCAGCAGACAUAUACAAGCGCCACCAAGAAGAUCAGGAACGUCGGUCGCUAGAAUCAUCACGACCCAGCCUAGACUCUCUUUCAUCACCAACACGGGAUGAUGCAGGGCUCGCUCAUGAGGGUGGAAAAUCCCUGCAACCCAUGGAAACAGUCGCCGAGCGCAAGAGCGAGUAUCUACCAAACUUUGAUCCCAAAACCAUCCAGUCCGACCCCAGCCCUUCCCAGCAGGAACACCCCGCCAAUUCACUGUCGGACGAUCAGGGUCUACGCUCUGUUGUCGAUCAGGCAUUCACUCGUACUGAUGACCAACGCUCGGUUCCGCCAACACCGACAUCAAACGACACGAGCUCAGACCUUCUAAGAAGCAAUACUGGAAGCACUUCUGGUAUUAGUCCAAUCAUGAGCCGUGUCCCUAGCUCUGCCGCUUCAGCGUUAAAGAUCCGCAAUCAAGCAGAAGGAAAUACACCUGUGAUUAAGGAGGAACCUGGUGAAGUCACAACACCCGUCACCCAGCCAACGCCAGCGAACAAUGUUGACUCACUGCACCACGUUCCACAAAAGCCGUCUCCGGGUCACUCCCGAAACAUUUCAAGCUCGUCUACCCCUCGCAGUGGUCUUGCUACGCCGACACGUGGUGACAGUCCCGCUCGUUCACCUGUGCUAGCAGCCAACAAAGACGUUCCAAGACCAAAAUCCGCCCUUUUCUUGACUGAAGACGACGCAAGUCUUGAAGGCAUGGAUGGCGGGUUAAAGGGACCAUCUUCUGCAUAUGCUAAUCGCGAAGCGGAUCUCGCCACUUCAACUAACAGCCGCCCAAACAGUGGGGUUCUGGAUCUAGGAGCCGCGCAGCGUCAGUCACAGAACAUGUUCUUAGAAUCCCAUAAUACACAAUCCCCUAUCGAAGAUGUUUUACCCCGCGACCGUUCAGAAUCACCCAGCAAAGGCCGUGUGCAGGCGCUAGCCGGCAAGUUUGGCGAUGUAGCUUCUUCAAGACGCGGGUCAACACAGUCGAAUCUUUCAAGAAAUAGCGUUCAGUCAUGGGAGCGAAGUCGUGGCAAUUCUCGUGCAGCGUCUCCAACAAAAGCUAGUCCAUCAAAACCCAGCAGUCCGGUUAAAGAGUUCCGUCCCCACCUGCCCGGCCAGUGGGAAUCAUACACAACCACAGUUAUGACCCCUUCAGAACAUGGGGAGCAGGAUCGGGGGUUAGGCAAUGUGGAGAGGAACCAAAUUUCCUCCGAGAGUCUUGACUUGACACCCACAACUGCUAAGAAAUCAGUUGCUGAAGUUCCUUCAACCGAGGCAGACAACUCCGACCCAAUGGCCGCCCUUCGAAACGCCGGAGCUGCAAUGGUUGAAUCUAUCCGUACAACUAUGGGGGCGGGCGAAGACCCAUCUGAAACUGAGAAGGAAAAAAAGGCAUCUGUUGACCAUGGCAACAUCUAUCUCCCUAGGCCAUUGCAGCUUGAUCGCACGAUAACAUCUAAUUCAAGUGCACCACCUACACCCCCUGCCAAGGACACUCCAAAAUCCGAGUUUCCGCCAUCGCCUCCCUCGAAAGAAACCCCCUCGCCGUCCGAGGAGGAUCCGUUGACUCGCCCAAGCUUUGAUCAAAAACUUAGCACCGAUACUUCUGCCGAAGACCAAGAAAGUGAUCGUUUGCGAAAGGAAAUUGUUGCCAGUUUGGGUCCUCUCAAUAUCCCCGACUCACCAGCGGAUGAACCAAGUUUAGCUCCACUGCAACCACGCAGCCCGGGUACAAAUCGUGCCAGCUCGAUCCUCCCUGACGAGUACAAGAGCUAUUGGGCUGAAGAAGACCGCAUUUCUCGGCGAUCUUCUCAAAAGAGCGAGACCAUAGCCAAAGACCCACCACAAGCAGCGACUGUUGCGUUUCUCCCACAAUCCGAAGACCCCACAAAACCUGUCAUCAAGAGGUUCAGUUGGGAAGGGGGCGAUUCGCUGAUGCAAACGCCAGUUGAAUCGGGAAAGGAAACUCCCUCAGCAGAGCCUGCAACAGCCUCACACGGGCCCGAAAAGCCUACAUCCGCUGGAGAGCGAGCUGUAGAACAGGAACAUCAUCAACCACCUGUGGCUCUCCCUGGCAUUGCUGUACACACUGGUCAUACUCCGACUGUUACCAAACCUGACUCUGUCGGUGAUAGCGAAAAGCCGACUGAACCUUCUCUUUUGGACCCUACAGAGGCUAUAAUCAGCCCCGCUCGAGAGGCUACGCGUUCACCGGGUCUUCAUGUUGUGAAUACGGAAGAAAACCCCGAAGCUGUGGAUCUUCCUCCACGCUUUACUGCUGAACACGAUCCGCCUCCCGCGGUGUCUGAAGAGCCCAAAUUGGCUGAAAAAGCCACAACACCGGAACCUGCAGAAUUACAGCCAGCGAUUGAAGCACGCAAUGAAGAGGCUCAGACUCCUGCUGCAGCGCCUGUAGCGUCCGUGGCGCAAGAAUCUUCUACCAAGUCGCCAGCCACAGACAAGCCCUUGGGUGCUCGAGAGAUCGCAACACUCAAUUCGGCAACGGAACGAAUUGAUACGUACAACAAGACCCGGGAAUAUUGGGCGAGUGUAGACCAUGGGCUAAAUGAUUGGCUGACAGCAACUUUGGAUGCAAAGCCCGAGUUGGCAACGCAAACAUAUCCAGUGCAACGAGCGCCUACUGGCUCUAUUCGUCACAGACACACUGGCUCACUUUUGUUCGGGAAACUGGGUGGGUCAAGUAGCCACGAGUCAAGUGCUGAACAGCAUAACAAUGCCAGUGCGGCCGCUCCUACCAACACUGGCUCUCCCACUGCCAAUGCACCUUCUGGGUCUAGUUUUGGUGGACGCAUUGUGAACCAGCAAGUGCAGAUGAAGGGUAAAGAUCUGCUGCAUACUGCCAACGUACUGGGUGGGAAGGGUAUGACCAGUGCCAAGGGCUUUUUUGCCAAAGGCAAAAGUCGCUUCGGGCGCGAAAAGGCAGAGAAGUGA